AUGGCCAAACCCACUAAACCAUUGUACUCGUCGCUCGAUGAAUGGGUUGAUGUUCAACCGUUAGAGCAAUACGAGAAAGUCAAUCCACUAGCACCAAUAUUCUACACAGACGAAUACAAGGAUGCGACAUCGUACUUCAGGGGGAUCGUGAAAUCAGGCGAGAUGAGUCCCAGGGUGCUAGAUCUCACGGAACACAUCAUACGCCUCAACCCAGCCCACUACACAGCAUGGCAAUACAGAUAUCGGACGUUGAUGAGUAUCAAGGCCCCGCUUGAUGUAGAGCUCAAGCUGAUGGACGAGCUUGCCGUCAAGUACCUGAAAACUUACCAGGUCUGGCACCACAGACGGCUUAUCCUUACGGAGACGCGCGACCCGCAGCGGGAGCUCGCGUUCGUCGAAGAGUCGCUCAGGGAGGACACCAAGAACUAUCAUACAUGGUCCCAUCGGCAAUGGGUGUUGUCGCACUUCAAUGACAUCGAUCUAUGGCGCGGAGAGCUGGACUUUCUUGAUACCAUGUUCAAUCAAGAUAUACGGAACAACUCGGCCUGGCACCAUCGCUUCUUCGUGGUGUUCCAGUCGGGGGUCCGGGAAGGGGAGGAGGAUAGAGAGAGGGUCGUUAGGCGGGAGCUAACGUUCACGAAACAGAACAUCUCCUUUGCACCCAACAACCCUUCAGCUUGGAAUUACCUCCGAGGCGUGCUGGAGUUCAAUAAACUCCCCUUCUCGACCGUCACGACUUUCGUUUUUCCCUAUACGCAGCCCACCGAUCCCGAGGCGGUGGAUCUCGUUGAUCUGGAUAACCCACCGCCGUCAAAACAGGCUGAAUUACCAUGCCCUGCGGCUAUAGAGUUCCUUGCCGACAUAUACGAAAGCGAAGGAGGAGAGAGUCUUCUCAAAGCAAAUCAGCUCUGGAAAUCUUUGGCUGAUGAACAUGACACGAUGCGAAAGAGAUACUGGGAGUAUAGGAUUAAAGAGUCGCUUCAGAAAGGCAGUACGUGA